AUGUCGAGUAUUCCCGUAGCGUCUGACUCGAUCCCCGAGAACACCUCUCCGGCUCCCGCACCUCCCCAGACAACUUCACCCAUCCAUGAAUUUAUUCCAACCGAUAUUCCUGACAUUUACUCGCCACCUCCAGUCAAAAUCGGGGACAUCCUGCACUGGCUGGCCAAUACCAUCGUGUCUCAUCUUCCUGAGCCACAGCUAGAGGAAAGCAACCCUACCACUCCUUCUAGUCACCACCAAACACGCUCUUACAACUCUCGACGGUUCAAGUCUCCUAACCUGCACCUGACGCCGAAGGUCCUUAACACUACCGUCACAAUUCGUUCUCUCGAAUCUUAUUCGAACAUGAUCAUCGACAACUACGACGAGCAGACGUUUACACUCCUCAUAAUGACGCCGCUCAUGAACACCAUUGUUUCAAUCUUUUCCCUUGCUGCAGGGGCCACACAGUGGUUAAUUCAACCGAACAGGUCGCAGAGAUACGAACUCAACAAAACACUCGAGUUGGAUGUUGUGUUGUAUCACAAACGAUGUCUGGUCACUGCUGUCGAGAUGAAAACUCCGAUGUGCUGCAAUGACUCAAAUAUCACGUCGUUUCGCACCGAUAAGUCAUCCAGCAUGGACAAGAAAGCUAAGGAGAUUCAUGACCAGGUCGGAAAACAAGGGAAGUAUCUUAAAGGUCUUUCUCCGAAAAAGCCCUUCGUCCUGCAUGCGCUCUCCGUCGCCCCAGGACACUUGACCCCCAUAGCGUCCGAUGGGAGUCUUCGCUUCGCAAUCGGGUCCGACGUAAUAAACGUCUCUGGCAGCUUCCCCGACGCUGUGCGAGACGUUCGUAACUGGCUUGAUUACAUCGACAGACUCGCCGCCUUCACUCUGGCGAUGGUCUGCCAGCACGAUGAGGACGCUGCCAAAGAGAUUGGCAGCCGUUUCCCUGAACAGCAGAAGCAGAUCGAUGAGCUUUACGCGGCUGCCGAUGGUGCUCUCUCUCCCGCUGCUGCUACUGGCUCAAAGGCUGCAGUGGUUCCGUCCGAUCAACAGCCUGAAACCGAUAUGGUCUGGCUCUCUCUUGGGCUUGAACUGCCAGAAGCGUCCUCCGUCUACGAGUCUCAUGAGAACAUUGUCUACGUACAUUCUCGCUGGGGUAUCAGAUUGGUCAUCAAAGUCUUCGGCGAGGAAUCGUCGUACGCGAAAGAACUACUCUCUUAUCAACGUCUGGAGAAGCUCCAAGGGAAGGGAAUUCCCGUUCUGUACGCCACUGGCACCAUGAAUGCCCGUCCAUGCCUCGUGCUGUCAUACGAAGGCGAGAGACUCCGCGAAGGUCCCACCGAAGAACAGAAAGCCACUCUUUACCCGGUUGUAAAGGCGAUACACGAUCUAGAUAUCCACCACCACGACCUCCAUCGGCGGAACGUCGUCCAAGAUUCGAGCGGAAAGCUCACCCUUAUCGACUUUGGCCUCUCGGAACCCUGUACUAGGAAGGGCUGCGAAGACGAAUGGCAAGCGGACGAAUGGUACUGA